GGCUGCCCUACAGUUCCCAACAUGUCCUCUGACCUGAACUAGUGGCAAGUUACCGACUAACAACUGAAUUUAUCUUUUACUGAACGGUGUUAUUUCUCCCGAGAAAAGCAGAAGAACUACAUUUAAAAGACUCAGCCAUGAGGAAACUUUGGUCCAAAGCUGGUGUGUUUGGUUCGGUGUCGGUGGUUUUUGGUUCAAUGUUGUGGUCCCAGAAGAAGACUGAACCAGACCACUUUGCUUCCAGUUGCACCCCAGCUGAAACAAAUACCAACUCUCCCUAUGAGCUAAAAUUAGUCCAAGUCGUGUUCCGGCACGGUGCUCGGACCCCACUUAAGUCAAUACCUGACGUGAUGGAGGCCCAGUGGGUGCCCACGCUCUUGGAGCCUCCAGCACACACCAACAUCAACUAUAAAGUGACAGACCUACAUGGUGGCCCCAGGCCCCCGGCUCCUGUAGAGGACAGCUAUCGAAAAAACACGCUGACCGGUGGCACGUUCCCUGGUCAGCUGACCACAGUGGGCAUGCAGCAGCUGUAUGAGCUGGGCAGGAGGCUGAGGAGGAGAUACACUGAGGAGAGUCCUUUCCUCAGCUCCACCUUUAGCCCCGCUGAGGUCUAUGUUCGCUCCACUAACAUUGUGAGGACCAUUGAAUCUGCCAAGUGCCUGGUAGCAGGGCUCUUCCAACAAAAACAAAAAGAAGUUGUGCCUAUAUUAACAACGGAUGCAGAAUCUGAAAUCCUGUAUCCUAACUACCAUGGAUGCAAGCUGCUUAAAUUCCUCGGCAGCCACCGCUGGGCAGAGUCGUCCACUCUGCCAGACAUUGCAGCAGACCUGCAGAGCAUCCAGAACGCACUGGGCAUCGCUGCUCACCAGCAUGUCGACUUCAUCCUCAUUAGGGACGACAUGGUUGCCAGAGAGACACAUGGCCUGCCCUGCCCGUCAGUGUUGGACGCCUGGAGGAAUACGGUGGAACAGAGAGCUGUGGACAUGAUCUGCCAUGUGUAUGAACCCGACAAGAGGGAGAACUUGCAGCUGUGCGUGGGGCCCCUCCUGCACAUGUUAUUAACCAACAUUGAUGAGAAACUAGAGGGCACCUCAUCAGAGCCCAACAGGAAGCUGUUUUUGUACUCUGCACAUGACACCACUUUGAUUCCCUGUCUGAUGGCUCUGGGGGUUUUUGACAUGAGAUGGCCACCGUAUGCCGCAGACAUCACUCUGGAGCUGCACCAACAACGGCAGACCAACAAGUCCUUUGUGAAAGUGUCAUACGUCGGCCAGGAUCUACUUAUACCAGGUUGUAGUGGAGUCUACUGCCCUCUGGAGGAGUUCAAACAGGUCCUCUCUGCAUACUCACUGAGCACUGAACUCUACAACUCUCUUUGCAACAGCACAGAGGGCCUGACCACACCCUGAACACUCAACUAACCGUCACAUCUCAACACAGUGCUACUCAUGACAUUACACUCUCAUCAUGUUUUUUUACGUCCACUGUUAUCACUCCAUCCAGCCAGCAUCACCAGGUGAAACUUUCCUUGGUGUAAAAAUCCUGGAUCACAGCCUGUUUUGGAGAUCUUUCUGUUAGAUUUUUAAUUUUAAUCAGGGUUCCCACAGUCAAGAAAAAC